UCGACUCCUGAAUCAUUUCCUUUGAGCAUGCGCACAAGACAAAGUCACGUCACCCGUAUUCGCGCGGAGCGGAUCUGAAAAGUGUCUUGUGCUCAAGGCAGCAGGAGUUGUCCACAUGUGGAUGAAAGGAAAACACGAAGUUGGACCUGAAUUUCAGCUGAACAGCUAACGAUGAAGAAAGAAAUAGCAGCGGUGGUAUUUUUUCUGAAGCGAUUGAUAAAGAAGGCUGAGAAGUUGGAUGCAGAAAAGGUGGACCUGUUUGUGGAGCGGUUAACAGUAGCAUUGCAGGAGAAGUACAAGGGUCAUUGGUAUCCAGACAACCCCAGCAAGGGCCAAGCAUUCAGGUGCAUCAGAGUGAAUCGCCUUCAUAAAGAGGAUGCUGAAUUGCUCAGAGCGUGUGCUGAGAGUGGAGUGCAGUACAAGGACCUCGGUCUGCCUAAGGAGCUCACACUGUGGGUCGACCCCGGAGAGGUGUGCUGUAGGUAUGGCGAGAGGAAUCAUGGUUUCACUGUAGCCACCUUCUCAAGUGAUGACGAUGAUGAUAAAGAGGAUGUGACAAAGAAAGUGACGAGUGCUGUGGAGAGGGUCACGUCAGAUUACCACUCCGGAUCCUCCUCAGAUGAGGACACCAGCUGUAGAGAGGCCCAGUACACCCCACCUCUCCACAACCACACUCCAUACCAGCUUGUAUAUGCCAGUGCCCCAGUAUGGAAUCCUGUACCAAGGAAGAAGUUCAUCCCCGGGAAAGGGCAUUACCCUCAGCGGCCACACUACAUGAUGCGCCCCCCUUGCAGACCCAACCAUUCCUUUAAACCGCACAGCUGGGUCCAGCAGGGGUACCGCAGCAAACAUGGCUACUGGGGCAGCACUUCAAACCUAGUACACCAGCUUCAGUGACCACUGUUACUACAGCAUGAAAGUUCAUUGGUGUCAAUGUGAGGGGUGUUCCAUUGGAAAGUGUUUUUUGAAGUUACCACUAAGAUGACUGACCAAAUUUUUUAAAAUGUAUUUUUGUAGUUCUGCUUUUUUGAAUUUGUGACUGGUCAAAUUUUUUUUAAAGAAUGAUAACAGUAACUGUUUGCACUUUAGAGUAUUUGUAAUAGAACAUGUAUAAGGUAAACUUCGUACGUAUUGGAUUAGUAGUAUUUCAAGCAUUUCCAAUUUUUAUGGUAAUGGAAAUGUGCUGUAUUUAUGUUAUAUGGGAUCAUUUGAUAACACUUUACAUCAUGUUUUUGUCAUAGUUUCAGUGACCCAAAUGUUUUAUUUAUUCACAGUAAAGUAUUAUGUAUUGCAUAGACCACUUAAAUUAUGGAUAACAUUAAAAAACAUUUUCAAGAAUAUGAAAUCUUUAUGAUUGAGGUUACUAGUGUGUUUGUAGUUUUGUUAGAAAAACACUAGGUGGCAGUACGACAUAUUUCACUCCUUUUCUUUAUAACUGCGCACUUUAAAUUAGGGCACAGCCAACAAUGUCUUGGUGUACAAUACUUUUAACUCGUUUUCUAAAUAGUAUAGAAUUGCAGUGCUCUUUUUAUAGUACAGUUUUAUUUAGCUCAUUCGCAAGCGGUUAUUUUGUGGCAUUUGGAAGUUUUAUAUGGACACAAGUAGUACAGAUGUGUUUCUUCACGAGUCAGUUCAGCAAGUUCACUAGCUUGCCACACCUUCCUCUGAGCAGAGCAAACUGUUCACAAACUCUGACCAAGUUUAAGAGGAAAUGACUACAAUUCAUGGCUAUCAAUCCCACCAUUACAGAUUCGAGAGGAAUUGCCUAACAAAUUCACUUCGCUUUUUUCAACACCCUUGUCUGUUAGACUAUUGUA